AUGGAUGAAGGAUAUUUAGAUGGUAAUUACUCAUAUGAAUACCCUCAUGAAACCAACAUCUGUGAAAUGGGUGACUAUUUCACAUUUAACAUCUAUCUCACUGCUGUCCUCUACAGUCUGGUAUUUUUUCUCAGUCUGCUAGGAAACACUUUGGUGUUAUGGAUCCUAUUGAAAUGUGAAAACCUUACAUCUUUAACAAACAUCUUCAUCAUGAAUCUCUGUAUCUCUGAUUUAGUUUUCUCCUGCAUGCUGCCUUUUUGGGUAGUGGACCAGUCCUUUGGAUGGAUUUUUGGUGAGUUCCUUUGCAAAGCAUCAAAUGCUGUUUUCUCCAUUGGCUACUACAGCGGUGUUUUCUUUUUGACUCUCAUGACUAUCCUGAGGUACUUGUUUGUGGUGAACCCCCUUUCAACUCUGAGAUCCCAGACACAGUGCUGUGGUGUUCUGGUGUCCUUGGCUGUUUGGACUGUUAGCAUAUUAAUUGUGGUUCCUGAGGUGAUUCACACCACAGUGCAAGAAGACUUGGAAGAGUACAGGUUCUGUGAUUAUGCUGAUGGGAACUGGAAAAAGGUGGACAUUUAUGUGAGAAAUGUACUCUUCCUGCUUUCCUUUGGAAUCAUCAUAUUCUGUUAUGUCAAGAUACUCAUAAUCCUGCUUAGAGCAAGAUCUCGCAGAAAGCACAGAACUGUGAGACUCAUCCUCAUUAUUGUGGUGGCUUUUUUCCUGUGCUGGGCACCCUACAACAUCCUCAGCUUUCUGACUACUUUUCCAUCACCCACCUGUCAGUAUGAGAAAGACUCCAACCUUGCCUUUCACAUCAGUCGUAAAAUUGCUUUCUCCCACUGCUGCCUCAACCCUGUGCUCUAUGUAUUUGUUGGAGUCAAGUUCAAGAAGCAUUUGGAACAGUUAUGCAGUCUGUGUUUACACUGCAGCAAUGGCCAAGCCUCCAGCACCAGGAUCUGCUAUGAAGGAAAAUUCCAGCAUGAAGGGGCAUCCGUCUACUGA